AUGUGGUGGAGUCGAUGUUUGCUGGAAAAGUUUAUACGAUGCAAUAAAAACAUAGUAGUAACUGCUACUGCCUUGGCUGGGUCAGUUGUGAACUAUGAAGACAAAUCUAUCACUGACAGAUCCUUACACUUUUCUAAGUUCAAUAAAUGGCAUGAAGAAGGGCCUCUUGUUCAUCCAUCAGAUGGGACACUCAUUUCGAGACGUGUUGUCAGCGAUUACGAUGAGACUAAUCUGCAAUUAAGACUUUAUCAGUAUGAAGCUUGUCCAUUUUGCUGCAAAGUUCGUGCUUUCUUGGAUUAUUAUGGCUUUUCGUACGAUAUUGUUGAAGUUAGUCCUCUGACUCGAAAAGAAAUAAAAAAACUCGACAGUGUUUCCAAGCUCCCUACGGUGAUCGCACAAGGUGACCAGAAAUUGAGUGAUUCGUCUUUGAUUAUAUCAAUCCUGGCUAGCUACAUGAUGCAAAACAAUCGAAGUCUAGAAGAAAUUAUCAAUUUAUAUCCAAAAAAGACAACCAUAGUUAAAGAAACAGGAAAAGAAGUAGUUACGUAUCCCAAUAUGUAUAAAAUUAUAAAGCCUGGAAAUGCUCUAUCGAAAUUAGAGGAAGAAAAUGCGAGAAAGGAAGAGAAAUGGAGAAAAUGGGUGGACGAACAUUUUGUUCAUCUGAUAGUACCAAAUGUGUAUCGUUCAUGGGGAGAGUGCAUUCAAAUGUUUCGAUGGUUCAGUGAAGCAGGCCAAUGGGAAAAGUUGAUACCUGCAUGGGAACGCUACAUUACUAUCUAUGUUGGAGCAGUUGCUAUGUAUAUCUUGUCCAAGAAAUUACGCAAAAAAUAUGAUGACGCCGACGUUCGACAGCUCUUAAUCAGUGCCUGUAAUGAGUGGCUUGAUGCUCUAGGGAAUUCGUCAUUUCUUGGUGGUCAGGAGCCGAAUUUGGCAGAUUUGGCAUUUUAUGGUGCGAUGAAUUCAUUCAUAGGUAGUGAAACAUUUUAUGAACUAUGCAACAAGACUGAGAUCAAUAUUUGGUAUGAACGGAUGCGUGAUACAGUUAAUUUGAGGGCCGGGGCAGGUUUUUUGCAAAAAAGUGCUCACAAAGGAGACAAAAUUAUUUCAUUUGUGAGUCCAUCACGCAUGGAAAGGGGUCAGGUUGUGGCGGGUUUCACACGAGAUGAUCGAAUGGCUGAGAAAUUCACAUCCGAACAUGAUGGAGAUCCAGCUCAGGGAUUAAGGCGCGCUUUAACUACAUAUGACAAGUUAGUCGGCGCAGAUGAUAGGCAGGUGCUUUACUUGAUGUGGAAAAAAAACCCAAAUAAUGAGAACGCAAGUAUUAUUAUAGGAUUGUUGAAAAUUGGCUAUAAAAAUCUUUAUCUAACAGAUCCUUCUAUGCGUUUGGUCCAAGUCACUCCUCUAUGUGUGCUUGAUUUUUAUGUUCAUGAUAGUCUUCAACGACAAGGAUAUGGUCAUGCAUUGUUCGAUUAUAUGCUGGAACAUGAAAAAUCAUCUGCAGAAAAUGUUGCUAUCGAUAAACCUUCGGAGUCGUUGUUGCAAUUUAUGAAUAAGCAUUAUGGUUUGAAUGAACCUUUGUGGCAGGUUACAAACUUUGUUGUUUAUCCAUCGUUCUUCAAGAGUGUGGAGUAUUCGACGUCGUCAGAUUCUACUAAGCAAAAAUACCAAAAGUCGGCUAAAAAAGUUGCUGAUAAAUAUGGGGAAGCACGUGUUGUUCGUAAACAAGAGAAGGAUUCAGUUGGAAGUCUGAUGAAUGAUAACAUUACAUUAGAACGAAUCAUUGUGAAUCCUGAAACAGCACAGGGAAAAAAAAUAUCUCGCGAUUUCGGACAUCAUUCAAUAUGGUGA